AUGAGUAACGUGCUUCUCCGCGCGCUUGGCGUGUCGGAGAAGGCCAUGACCCAGUCCGCGCUGAGCUGGCUUCAGCAAACCAGCACUGUCGCAGCUGUGAUCGAUGGCGGUUAUGUCCUGGUGGACCACUACGGCGAGAAGGGUACGCGGAAAUCCAUGGAGGAUGAGUGUGUCGUCUGUGCGUCGCUUACCAAACUGAGCCCGGACCUUCCAGCUAGUUAUGAUUUCCUUGUUUGCGGCUUGUUCGACGGUCACGGCGGCCGGACCUGCGUCGACUUUGCCAAGGAGCACCUCAAUUACGCAAUAGUGGUGACAUCCGUCAACGCUGCCUGCUCCCGGCUGGACAGCAGGAUCGCCAAUGAAUUGAAGGGUUGCACUGAUGGAUGCACGGCGAUCCUGGUCUUCAUCGGGCGUAAUCGCGUGUUCGUGAUGAAUUUGGGCGACUCAGCGGCCUACAUCUGCCGCAGGUUACAGAAUGUCGUACACGCCAUUCCCCUGAACGAGGUCCACAAGGCCUGGUCACAGAAGGAGAAGGAGCGAGUUUUCCACUACGGUGGAACUGUAGAAAGGGGAAGGGUUAACGGAUUGCUCGAGGUUACGCGUUCUUUCGGGGACUUGAGUUUGAAGCGUUUCGGAAUCAAGUGCACAGGUUCGCUGCGUCGGGCCUCGCUGGAUGUGAAUGCUGACGAGUUCAUCUUGGUUGCGUGUGACGGAUUUUGGAGCGUCUACGAUCCCCAUGAGGCGUGCCGCAACGCCCUUCACUUCCUUAGGCAGGAAGAGGCUCGUGCCAAGGCCGACCCUCACCAGCCGUUUGUUAACGUGCAGAAGGUAUGCAAGGAUUUGGUGGAACACGCGCUGAACACCAAACGUGCCCAGGACAACGUAUCAGUGCUGCUGCUACGUAUAGUGCGCAAUACUGAUCACUAUUAA